CGAAAGACUUUCAAAUAAGCGUGUCGUUUCUAAACACCUGCAUAUUUAUUACGAUCAGACAAGAAGAUUGUCCAAAUCAUGAACAUCAAUCCUGAAAUCAGAGUCACAAAUUCAUCCAAUGACGUUCAUAAAAAUGUUAUGGUCUCAAAAUUGCAGCCACCACCGAAGCAUCAACAUUAAUCGGAAUCAAUCUAAUUGAGCCAAACUACAAGUGACUCGAGUUUGGAAAGCGCACCUUCCAAUUAUUGGGUGAAUUAUGAGUAAUUACCCCCAUCGUCUCUCAUUAUUCGACCGUAAAUUUUUUAUUGGCGCAACAUCCGCCAUGGCACCGGAUUGACCUUGACUGAAUUUCCUUCGCGUACGACAACGUCCUCCUCGAUCGCACCGCGGUAGUACCUGAACCAGAGACCCAGUACUGUGAAAUUUCGUCGGUGGGUCAAACUUUACACCUGCCCCCACUCGAAUUUCUUCUAGUAGUCCAAGAACCUGACCAGUCUGUCGUAGGUAGGUGAGCUGGAGCGUACCGAAGAACCAUCUAAUAUGAAUCGGGCUGCUGGAAAAAAAAUGGUAACGUGAUUUCGAGAAGUACCCGCGUUUUGGUUUACCGAGUGCUCUGUGAUGUUGAUGUGUAGUGAUUGUUUUUGUUGAUAAGUGGACGGACCAGCGGUAGAUGCGUGGUGGAGAAACCCGUUGAGGAUUCAGCUCGGGAUUUAAUCACUUUUUGUAGGAGAUUUUCAACUAAUAUUCCAAACUUCAAGCCAAACAUAGCAGCGUAUGGAAGAUGAAUAGUGGAAUGCCCUGAACAAUUUAUGGAGCUUAAAGAAACUGUGAUAAUGGACAUAACAGAAGCAUUCCGCAACGAAGACAUUUCAAAAACGGAUUUUUUCGACUUUGUCGUCCCACCAGAUGCCAACGACACGCAGUCCAUCCAACAGUUUACCAAACAAAUGCGAAGCGUCAACGCCUUCCUCGAAACCGACGAAAACAAAGAAACGAAUAACAACACCAUGCUGAUCACGGAGAUACCUACCACUACCUCAGAAAAUGUGGCCAACUUCGACGCUAAUUUGUGGAGCGAAAAAGACACAGUGAGAAUAGAAACUGCCCUACUCGAUGACUUAAACAAAUAUUGUUGGAUGUCGGACGAAAACGGCGCGGAGCAACUCAGUCCUGGAAAAAACAACAAUAACAAUACAGACGGACAGAUAUACACCCUGACAGUAUUAAACGGCAUUGACCAAAGCGCCACUUGGUACCGCCUACCGAAAGAAGAAGAGCCGAUCUCCAGCCCCAGCUCAAUGGAGCAUCUACACAGUGCCCUCGACAUAGAAUCAAUACUGAGUAUAAUGCCGAGUGGACAAAUGAACAACUACAAUAAUUACAAUGAAGGCACCAUCAGUCCCAAUACGGAUGGCCUCAUAAAAUCUGAAACGUACACCUAUGAAGACAGCGGUUUCGCCGACAAUAAGGAUGAGCUGCAGAAUUCCCUCAUCAUAGACACCCCUAUGCUUGAAGCACACGAUAGCUUCACCACCAACAACAAUAACGACUGGAAGAUGACAAAUAACAACAACACCAGUAGUAGCAGCAGUAGUUCGCCGGAUUCGUUACUACGCAGUGCGUUGCAAGGAAAAGCGUUCAUCCGCUACAAUGGUACCACCAUCAAGAGCAGUCCAAAGCCGGAGACCAACAACGCUGAACUCCGUAGAGUGCUUUCUACGCCGCCAACCAAGACAGAAACGAUUUUUUUGAAGGAGGACCAACAAGAUACCAUACCAACCAUAGUAGCCGGCUUGGAUGCAAACGGAAAGGUUGUUUUCGAGGAGCACGUGGGCUCUAGAGUAGUCAGAGAAACGGAGAACCCUGGAAGCACCCACACUGUAGACGAUCUCCUGCUCAGUCAGCUCGACCAUCCAUACCCGGAAGAUUUUGAGAAGCUGAAGAGAAUCGCGAACGAGGUGGCGGAGUACUGCCAGAUAGAUACUUCCGGAGACAACACGGUCAAUAGUAUUAGUCCUAUCAGCAGCGAUCAGAUCGGAAUUCUGUACAACCUUACCUCGCCGAUCCAGAUUACUGCUCCAGUAGUUACUAGCACUAAAAACACGAAAAAGUACAAGAGGCAGAGCAACACCAGCAAAGGACAAGCGACCGUGCAAAGCGCCACCUCCACCAGCAACGGAGUGCGGAAGGAGCGGUCCCUACACUAUUGCAGCAUCUGUUCGAAAGGAUUCAAGGACAAGUACUCCGUGAACGUCCACAUACGAACCCAUACGGGGGAGAAGCCGUUCGCAUGUAGUUUAUGCGGGAAGAGUUUUAGGCAGAAAGCCCAUCUGGCGAAGCAUUACCAAACCCACAUAGCGCAGAAGAAUGCCGCUGCGGCUGGUAAUGUCUCGGCAGGAAAGGCUAAAUCGAGGUAGCUUGUUACAGUUCUGUGAAAUUCGAAAGGUUUCGGUUUCAGGUUUUCGAGAUAUUUUGCAUUGGCUGGAGAAUAUUCGCGAAUGAAAUUACGAUGCACGGGGAUAGACCGAAUUCCUUUUUAUCCUUCAAAGUUUUCUGAAUAUGAUUCUGUUGAAGUUUUGCAAAUAUUUCCAUGUUCCGUGGAAUGGAGAAGAAAUAUAAAGCACUCAAAUUCCAUAUGAACUUUUGAAAAUUACGUUUAGAGUUCAUAAUCACUACAUUUCAUUUCAGAGACAAAAUGAAAAACUCACCAAGUAGGUUUGAAAGUGAUAUUGAUGGCAUGAUUUCAAAUUGAUAUACCAAGAUUACGUUCAUAAACAUACUCCUUGUGAUGGAAAAAGUGUUAACUGGAAACACGCUAUCAUCUUACACUCGAAGUAUCUGUUUGAAACCCAUUUUGCAUAUAAACAACGCAUGGAAGGUGCCACUUGUCACUUUUACGGAAUUGAGGUUAGAAUAGAAGCUCAUUGUAUUUCUUGGUAAAUUUUUAAAGGCAACUUUAGAGUCACUCACAAAAUAAUGUAAAAUUUCUAUCCAAACAAAACAAAAUACAAAAAAUGAGUUCACCUACUACAAUCUUCAAUUUUUUUGUUAAGUUUUUUCAUCAUUUGGAACCUACUUACUGAGCUAUUUCUGAUAAAAUUGUGGUUGUGAGCAAGGGUUUGUUUUCUUAUAAUGGAAACCGAUUUCGAAGUAGAGAACUUUGAAAUGGUUCUAAUCGUUUUUGUCACAAGACAAAACAAUAGAUUAACGUGCCUUUCCAGUCUGUGAUUGAUUCAGUUAGAAACUAUUUGAAAACUAAAAAUCUAUUCAAAACAAUUGAUUAUUUCCUUUGUCAGAAUUUUUGAAAUCUAAAUCAUAUGAAGGGACAAAAUCCAUCUGAAAUAUUUUGUCUCUAUUAAUUUUUUUCCAUAGUUUUCAUAAAAAAUCGUUUUAUAAUCCUCAAUAUAUCCUUUUUAGUUGGAAAAAUAAAUUUAGAUGAAAUACUAAUUUUCUUUAGCAAUACGUUAAAGAAAAAAUAAAAAUAAUAAUAUACUCGUAUUAAAUUGAUAUCUUUCCGUCACUCUACACACUUUCGUUUUCAAAUUCCGACAAUUUGGUUAACUUCAAUACUCAGAAAAAGCAUAACUUUUCAUUUUUUUCUGAGCAGUUGUUAAAAAUCAUUCGUACAUGCACUGAAUAAAUUAUUACCCAGAGAAAAAGAUUUUUCAAAAAUUGCAGAUCGAAUUAUCAUUGGAAAACACCAAAAAUUCAAGGUUUCAUUCAAAAACGAAAACUGCUUCCACAUACCAGAACUACAAUACUUUUCUUGACGCAUCGUCAUCAACCAAUUUGGUAGAUGUGACCCCCCAUAUAACAAAGUUGCAAGGAGUUAGUGCAGUAACUUUUGAUGAAAGAUGCGUUGAAAAGAGUGUUUCAGUUUCAGAGUUGGAUUCAUUUCACACCAUAAAUCUGAAUUACCUACUUUCAAUCAAUCGUGGUUCGUCCCCGUGUAAUUUCUAGUUGAAAUAUCAUUCUAGAGAGGGCUUAAUUAACUAUUCAUAUUUUUGGCAAAAGUAGAAACUAUUUUUCAUGAGUACCUCGCUAGAAUGAUUUUUUUUAUUUUUUAAUGAAUGGGAGAAAUUGAGAAGCAAUAUCCUCAAGAUACAAUACAUAUUUCUCUUUUUGAAAUUUGGUAUCGACAAUGUCGAAUUAUCUGAAAAUAUUAAUGUAUAAAAAAUGAACAAAAUUUAAUACUCAUUUCGCAAUUUAAUUUCAUAGUCUUGUUCCUAAGCUUACUUUGUUUUGUUAUCGUUUUUGUAUUUUUGUGCUGUGAUUUUUGAAUGUAAAAUUAUAUAUUCAAAAAAACGAUGUUGCGUAAGUGAAAUCUGCCUAAAAUUGUUCUUGCCAUUUCUGUAUUAUUAAAUACUUUUAAAUUUAGUUAUUUAUUUAUCAUUGAUUUCAAAUCAUAUUUUUUAUAAUGAAACUUGUUAUGUACAGGGUAGCUUUAGUUUUUCUACGUUAAUACUAAGUAUAUUUCCUAAUAUUAAAAGUAUUAUUCUGCCCUGAAUAUAUACAAGGUGCGUUCCAAAAACUGAACAAAGACAUUUCAAAAAUGACAUUAGAUUCUAGCAAUAAUUUGUGAUUGAUGAAUAUGAAAUCAUGAAAAAUCUUGAUAUGCAUUCAAAGAACAAAGUUUUUUGGCACACCUUGUACCCCUACUAGAGAGCUUAUAGAUAUUUUGUUAGCCGCUUAAAAUAUAGUUUAACUACGGAUUACCAUACAACAAGGCAUUAAAUUGACCUUUCUUACCUUCAAAUACUCAUUUUGUAAAAAGUAUUAUUACUCGAAUAUGUUAUUUUGUAUAAUUUGAAUUGUAGUUUUAAUAGAAUUAGGUAAAUUUCCCUCGUCCAGUUCCUUCACAUUCGUGGUAUGCCAAAAGAACUUCACUUUGUAAAUCAAAAUAUGUUCAGUAUUUAUUUAUCAUAUACUGAGAAAUAAAUAUCUGAAAACUAUUAUUUGGAAAUAUUUCCAUCUUCAAUUUCAUAUUUGAUGUAAAUGAAAAAAAGAUUUGUUACCGAUCAUUUUCUUAUAUGUUUGAGUACAUUUUUUUAAUGAAUGAAUAAUCUUUUAAUGAGGAAUUUCAUGAGUAUCGGAUCAACAAACUUUAUAUUCUACAUUGGCUGUUCACAGAAAAACAUCUGAUUUUCAUAAAUCAUACUCAGUAUGAUUUAUGAAAGUUAAUCAUUCCUUGAAUAAAACGAUGCCGGCAAAGGGAUAGUUUAUGUAAUUCUAUGCUGUUAAUUCGAAAAUUGCAAUGUGAGUACAAAGGCAGUAUCUAACUGCCGUAUUUUGUUGAUCAUUUUGUAAUUUUACCAUCUUCCAUUGUUGUUUAUUUUAUAAAUAUUUAUACGCGUUUUACAAUUUUGUAAAAAUUGGUUGUUAUAAGAUCCUAUCAAAGAUUUGGUUGUCAAAGACAAUAGUGAACAUAACACUCUUAGAGUGAAAUUCUUAAUGUUUUCAAUUAUUUUUGAUUCUGCAUCCUGUUAUCAGAAGACGCUGUACAAUUCCCCCGAGUUUGUAAUAUAUAUCAGUAUGUCAAACAUAUCGUUUGUGAACCUUCAUUUUCUUAUUUAUGACAGAUUGCCAUGGUAUAGGGAUUUUUUAUACUCUUUUUGGAUCUCAAUCGCUUGUUCUUAUUGGCCCACUUAUGCCGAUAUAUUUUUUGUGUUUACUGUGUUCUCAUAAAGACAAAUAAUACUCCAUAUUUGAUACGAAUAUACACUAAAAGAGACAUACAAUGAUUAAUGCAUCACCCUAUAAACUUUUGUUUAUACGCCGCCAUAGAACAUUUUUACACAGUUUACGUUAUGUAUAGUUGUACCAGAUUUUAUCUUUUUUCUCUUUAUUUGUAUUAUUGAUUUUAUUAAGAGUAUUUUCUAUACUUAGAUUCAUAUAUUUACGUUUUAUAAUUUUUCAAUAUAAUAUUUGUGAACCAAUAAACAUAUUCAAAUUCA